AUGGCAGCGGUCAACUCAGAGCCUAGCUCUGCCUCCGCUCGGCCACCUUACGCAUCCUCCUCGAUGCGACCUGUCGAGCUCCUCUCAAACCCACUCCUACCACCGCCCUUCGGCCCCUCGUCAUCCUACGCCCAAACCUCCCAAGGCCGCAACUGGCGCUUCUCCCACUCCAAACUCUCCUCUAUCCGCUCCGCCAUCAAUGCAUCCGCACGCGAUCGCCUCUCGACACUCUGGGCGGAGGAAUCCUCCUCCACCUCUCCCUCAACCAUCCCCUUCCUCUCCGUCUCGGACGAGCUUUCCCUCAUAACCUACUACCUCGUCAAAGUGUCCCAGAUCGUCCACGCCCUCAGACUACCCGAACUCGUCGAGGCCACAGCCACGACCUUUGUCAAACGCUUCUACCUUCGUAACACAGUCAUGGACUUCCACCCCAAGAACAUCGUCAUCACGUGCAUCUUUCUCGCCUCCAAAGCCGAGAACUAUCCGUUGAAUCUCUCGGACUUUGCGAGGAAGCUGGCUGGGAGACAGGCGAACGAGAAUAGAGCGUUGGUGGAGGAGAACAGAAAGGUGGUGCUCGAGUUGGAGUUUCUGGUCUCGCAGAGUUUGAAUUUCGAGUACGGCGUUACGGGGGCGCAUAGGAGCAUGUACGGAUUGCUAUUGGAUAUACAGGCGAUGGAAAAGGUCAAGGUGGGGAGGGAAGAAGUGCACAUGCUAGCAGCGGAAGCGCAUGGAAAGCUGGGAAAGUCUAGGCUGACCGAUGCAGAGUUCGUGUACACCCCCUCGCAGAUCGCACUCGCGUGCGUGAGGAUGGUCGAACCGAAGGGGAAGGAGGUCGUAACCAGCUGGUUGGACUGGAAAGAGGAGCUGGCCAGAAACGCCGGGCUAGAAGCGAAGAAGAGGAGGGUCCAAGUGAGGGAGCAGGAAACAGCGAGAGCGGCAAAAGCGAAGAUCGCCCUAGCGAGGAGGUUGAAGGGCAAAGCAGGUGCCAAAAUUGCCGAAGACCAGGUGGCCGCUGCAGCGAGCAUUCCAUCGGGAGAGGUCGAAUUCGAAGACGAGUUGCUGGAGACUCAACCGCUGGGUAUGAGCAGGCACGAACUCGAGGCGGUACUGGAUGAGAUACAGAAGAUGAUCGAGGAGACGGAGAACGGUGGGUAUACAGGGAAGGGGAAAGGUGCGGACGAUCUGGAGAGGAUCAAGGCGAUCGAUGCGAGGCAGAAGCAGUGUAUGAAUCCGGAGAAUGUGCCCGGCACGAAGCUGUUCAGGAAGAGAAGGGCGGAGGACGACGGUGAGGAGGAAGAGGCGGAGGGGAGGAGUGGCAAGAGGGCGAGAGGGGCGGAUUCGGAUGACGAUGCGGACGUCCCCGAGGCUGAUGGCUUGAGAGCCAAGCCAGAUCCUCAAGUGUAG